AUGGCUGCCGUUCAACUCCAAACCGCACCUCACAAGGUCGGCGUCUUCCAGAACCUCAUCGCCUCCCAAACCGAGACGCUCGUCCUCAAAGAAAAAGUCAUGUCCCUGACCGGCGACAGCUUCGACAUCAAGCUCGCCAACGGCCAACCCAUCCUCAAGGUCGAGGGCAAAGUCAUGAGCAUCUCGGGUCGCAAAAAGGUCUUUGACAUGCAGGGAAACCACCUCUUUUCCAUCGUCAAGGAGCACCUGCACAUCCACGCUACCUACGCCGUGGAAGAUGCCCAGGGUGCCAAGAUUAUGGAAGUCAAGAAUAGUUUCAAGCUUAUGGGCUCCAAGGCCACUGCCACCUUUACCUCCAGCGACGGCACCGCAGAGAUCCUGGAAAUGAAGGGCAAUUGGUUCGAUUAUGCGGCUGAUAUCUUUGACAAGUCUACAAACACUGUUGUUGCGCGCAUCGACCGCAAGAUCCUCAGCGGUCGUGACAUGAUCUUUGGCCAGCAGACCUAUGCUCUGAUGGUCGCGCCUGGUGUCGACAUGGCGCUCAUGGCAGCGCUGUGUAUCUGCAUGGAUGAGAAGAAUAACGAGAAGUAA